AUGGGAGACGUGAAUCUGUCCACUGCGACGGGAGACCAAGCCCAAUCUGGACUAGCGCAAUCACCCGCUAAUUUGAAACGCCCAAAACCUCCAUCAGAUCAAUGCGGCCAACCUGAGGCCGCCUCUCCACCACAGUACCGCGCAGUUGUACCUCCGCUCCCACUUGUGCCUCUUUCUCUCUCUCUCUCUCUCUUUUCGCCGGGCGUCUCUCUGCCUUUCCUUCACCGCGGCAAUCAGCAGAGCACGGGCGACGAGACACUGCACCACAUUGGACCGCAACAGCAACUGGAGCUAGGAACUGGGGACUGGAAACCCGACCUGGCUGGCCUGACCUGGAUCUUUCCCCAGCACCCAAGCAAGUUGAAGCAACCACAGAGACUCAGGCGCUUCCACACUCUGUAUCCUCAGAUCCUAAGGGAGGAUCAAGGACCGGACAGGGGUCAAAAAGGCAACUUGUUUCGCCCCGAUAGCCCGCAUCGCUCCGCACCGCUCCGCAACUUCGACUCGUCGACUCGAAAAACAGACCCGCCCAACCAGCCCAACCUCCCUCCUCCACCGACUUUCGGCGCCGGCACUUCUGUCUCACACACACAUACUGCCUUCUAUCUCUCUCUCUCUCUCUCGCAUACGCACACGCAAACCCCGUACACGAAGACGUCCCUAUUCCUCAUCGUUAUCCGCCUGUUCCAAGUCCGGCAAAACACAUAG